AUAUGUGCUUCUUGCACCAGUUCUUGGUAAGAAGUGGUGUGUAAUUUUUUGAUCCGUGAAAAAUGAUACUCUGGAUACUUGUAGCGAAUUUUGUGACAAAAGUGCUAAGUUGCGGUUAUCCAGGCUCUCCAGCCCAUUCCAGUGUAACUUUCAACACAGAAACAGUACAGACUGGGACUGUCGCCACCUAUAGGUGUGAACCAGGUUUCGACUUGCUAGGACCUAUCAGAAGGCUCUGCGUCGAAAAUGGAACAUGGAUUCCUAUAGGAAUCCCCGUAUGUGUGAUGAAUGUGGCAGCGGGUAAAGCAGCCAUGCAAUCAUCCAUCUUUUCCAAAGGUGUGCCUCAAAAGGCAGUGGAUGGAACCACGAGUCGCACGUAUGGGGCCGACACCUGCACCCUUACCGAAGUCGAAGACGCACCUUGGUGGUACGUCAACCUUUUAGAACCAUUUUUGGUUCAACUGGUGAGAGUAGACUUUGGAAGAUCUUGCUGUGCUAACGGCGUUCCGGCCACGGUGAUCGUCAGAGUGGGAAAUAGCAGACCUGACCUCAGCAAUAAUCCCGUCUGCAACCGAUUUACCGGAAAAAUAGAGGAAGGUCGUCCAUUGUUCUUUCCCUGCACUUCCACUGUGACCGGAGCCUUCGUCAGCGUCCACGUCGAGACGCCGGCACCCUUCACUCUCUCCAUCUGCGAAACAUUCGUUUACACGGAUCAAGUCGUCCCCGUGGAGCAAUGCCCCGAUUUCGACCAAGAAGCAGCUACAGUGGCCACUUACAAUGGGAAGUGCUACCUCUUCUACAGCAACAACCCGCGGACCCUGGACAGUGCCAUCAAAUUCUGUGCUCUACAAGGUGGCAGUCUCAUCCACGAUACCAGCCCCGCUCUGCAAGGGUUCCUCAGCUGGGAACUGUACAAAAGGCACAGGAAGAAUCCAGGUUCCGACUACUGGAACGGUGUCAUCAGAAAGCACGAUUCGAGAGACUGGAAAUGGAUCGAUGGUAAGGACGUAACCAUUUCAUUUUGGAGUCAACCCCCUAAAGAAGGCAACUGUUCCAAAUUUGAUGGCAAAAAUGGAUGGCUGUGGUCGGAUACCGAGUGCAUUAAUGAAAUGAAUUACAUCUGUGAACACAGACCGGUAACAUGCAGCAAGCCAGAAAGACCUGUAAAUUCAACUCUACUUAUAAGAGCAAGUACAGUAGGCUCUACAAUAGAGUAUCAGUGCAAUCCUGGUCAUCUACUUCUUGGGCCUCCCUCGAGGACUUGCCAGCCAACAGGAUUCUACAGUGAUUUUGCUCCAAAAUGUUCAUACCUGGAAUGCGGCUUUCCAGCCAACAUACCCAAUGGCGGCUACUCCUUAGUAAACGGUACCAAGCAUUUCCAGAGCAUUGUCCAGUACUUCUGCAUGGAUUCAUACAUCUUGGUGGGACAGGCAGAAUUGAUGUGCGACGCGGACAGAAAAUGGGAUGGGCCACCACCUCGAUGCGAUCCUUUGUUGUGCCACAAUCCACCUAUUAUUGCGCAUGGCAACGUGACAGUGACUGUCAACACCACAGUUCCCGGAACGACGGCGGAAUACGAAUGCGAAAAUAACUUCAAGAUGAUCGGAGAAGCAGUCAUUUCUUGCGAUUCCACGGGAUUUUGGACCUCCAAACCUCCCACUUGUGAGCUUGACAAAGAAAAACUUUACAAUGCCAGAAUAGAAGGUAAGCAUAAGAGAAACAGAGCAUCCAUUGCUGCAAGACUAAAUAUGGGUGGCAUCAUUGCUCUUGGUAUUUUUGGAGGAUUCGUCUUUUUAGCAGUCAUCAUUUCUAUAGUGGUCAUCAUUGUCCGAAGGAAUUCCAAUACCCAAGAUUCUCUGGACUCAUUGAGCACUUACGAAAGCCAGGGCAGCAGAGAGAAGCUAUAUCAAAGACAAUUAUGGCCAGGACACCCAGGCAGCCUGCAUCCAGGCGUUUUGCCACCACCCUCAGAAGACCCCGACCACAGAAAAGACAGACGUGAACCUUCCACCAGCGCUCAGUACCACCACAGACACCACCCACAUAGCAGUAGCCACAGAGACAGUGAUAUCAGUUUGGAAACGACGGCGUCCACGCCCAGAUGGUGUAAAAAGCAUGAAAAACGAUCAGGGUAUUAAUAAUGAUAGUAUGAACCAUAUUAAAAUGGAAUGAAUUUAGUUAAAGGACGAAGCAAUGGGUUGACUGUGGGGUCACAUAAUUUCACUUCCACGCGAUAAAUCUCAUACCUGUGAUAUAAGAACGUGUUUUUGUAUUACCAUGCGCAAUAAAUGCUUGCUUUUACAAUAACAUAUUUUAUAAAAAUGCUGCAAAGUCGAUUUAAAAAAAAAUUGUAAUUCAGAUCUUUUAUAAUUUUUUAAAAAUGUCCCAAUCAAUAAUAAAAAGAAAAAUAAAGUAGGAGGAGUAAUUCUUCCAAAACUUUUCAUUUGACUCAUUGCUAUUUGCAGGGAGUCAAAAAUUGAAUAUAGAAAGCAGCGAAAGAUCUAUAUAUCCAGAAUCAAUCUAUAUAUUCUUGCAUCUUUCUUCUAUGAAUUCGGACUACCACCAUUUGUUAAAUCAGUGUUGUUUCAAAUAUUUAAUUGACCCUCAAAGGGUUCGCAAAUGAAUUUUAAAUUCUCCAGGGAAAAAAAAAAAAAAAAUGACAGAUCCUCUUCUGUUAACGCUAACUAAGCCCUUAUUUAAAAUAACUGAAAUUUUAUGAAUAAGUUGAUUUAACAAAAUCUUUUAUUUAUAAAUUUAUCUUUAUUUAUUUAUGUAUUCUUACAUUUGAAAAAAAAAUCGGCCAUAAAUGGGGUCGUAAUAUCAUAUUACAAUCGAAAUACAGGCGCUAGUUUCACGUCCAAUUUUACAUGCGAGUCGAAAAGUGAGGAUUAUUGCAGGUCGACUCGGGAUAGAAUACUGUAUCAUCUUAACUAAUAUGCGAUCUUCUAGGCCUACCCGUAAUUAAUAUGCAUUUAUUUCAAUUUUUUUAAUGUAACGCGGGGGGGGGGGGACUGUUCUAGAUACGAAGUACAUUUUAAAUCGCUUUUCACAACAGAAAUACAUUUAAUAAAUAAUUCUUGUAACAGCAAGCAUUUAGCAUAAGGCAUGCAUGUCAUCACUCGUUUGAUCAUCUCCAAUUUUCCAUUUAAUUCCAUUAAAAAUAACAUACUAUGAAGACAAUGUCAGUAUUCUCUUUGAUCAGUAUAAAAUUUUUAAACUUGAUACCUGUAAAUAAUUUAGAAUUUUGUUGGCAGGCUGUAUUUUUUCUUGAUUCAUAUGUAUGUUACAUAAUCAAGUUUUAUUA